AUGGGCCUGAUGGAGCCUUCCUGGGGUGUCGUCCAGGUUCUGGCCGAGGCCCCAGCAGCACGGAGGAGAACCCAGAACCCCGACUUCAAGGUUCUAGACGUACAAGUUGGUUUGGGCAGCAAGAACUUGGUCGUGCCAGCUAGUGCCGUGCAGCUAGCAACAGGGAACCCGCGUCGAUGCUCCAUGGCCGGAACUAUGGACAGACUAUGGACUCGACUACGAGCGAUGGAGACCGGCUCAUUUCCAUGUGACCCGUUUGAGGGCCAAACGCGAACUGCUCCCCAAAAAUGA